AUGCCCGGCUUUGACUUCUCUAACCACACUCGCAAUGCUGCGUUGCACGCAAGAGGUGUCCCGCUCCCCAAGGCUACCAGUACUGGAACUACAAUUGUUGGUUGCAUAUUCGAUGGGGGCGUUGUGAUUGCUGCGGAUACCAGAGCUACCAGUGGACCAAUAGUGGCUGACAAGAACUGCGAGAAGCUUCACUACAUCGCCCCUCAGAUCUGGUGUGCCGGAGCUGGUACUGCUGCAGAUACAGAAUUCACAACCGCCCUCAUCUCCUCACAACUAGAACUCCAUUCUCUCUCCACUGGCCGCAAGCCUAGAGUCGUUACCUGCAUGACAAUGCUCAAGCAACAUCUUUUCCGUUACCAGGGACAUAUCGGGGCGUACCUGGUCGUAGCUGGUGUAGACCCAACCGGUGUUGGAUUGUUCACUGUCCACGCACACGGAAGUACGGACAAACUUCCGUAUGUUACCAUGGGAAGUGGUUCGCUCGCAGCUAUGUCCGUUUUCGAGACCCAGUGGAAGUCGAAAAUGACAGAACAAGAGGCAAUCGACCUGGCAUCUAACGCUAUCCAAGCUGGUAUUUUCAACGAUUUGGGCUCCGGAUCAAACGUUGAUGUCGCGGUCAUCACUAAGGAGAAGACGACACUGAAGAGAGGUUACAUCAAGCCCAACGAGCGAAGCAAGAAGCAAAAGAGCUAUGUCUUCAAAAGAGGUACUACGGCUGUUUUGAACGAGAAGAUCAUCACAAGGGAAGAGAUCAGCAAGUAUGUGACGGUACACGAGCUGGAGGGAGGGGAGGCGCAGUUGGGGGAGAAGAUGGAUCUGGAUGUUUAG